AUAUAAAGCAGGACAACACAGACCAUCCCAGUUGCACCAGGCAGUCCACCACGCCUAGCAUCCUGGCCCGAAGUUUCCCAAAUUCGGGCAGCUUAGUGGCCCAGUAAUUCCCAACUACCAGCUGAGAAGAACAGAGAAGAGGUCAAAGAGGAGCCAUGUACGUCUUUUUACUUCUAGCGAGCGGCAUUCUGUGUGCCUUGAUGUUCGUCUUCUGGAAAAAUCGCUUUCAGAGAAACAUUGACAAAAUAUCAACUGCUGAAAUGUCAACUGGCGAAAUGUCAUCAAAUUCAACUGCUCUUGCAUUAGUAAGACCCUCUUCUACUAGGUUAAUUAACAGCAACACAGGCAACCAUCAUCUUUUAGUCAACAACCUCCCUCGGGAUAUUUUAAACACUUUCCCGCACUCCAUAGCCAUGCAGAAACGAAUAUUGGUAAACCUCAGUAUGGUAGAAUACAAACUGGCUGAACUGGAACAUAUCCUAGUUUCCAGGGGUGUAAGAGGUGCAUCAGCUCACCGGAAAUCCACCUAAAAGCAUACAAGAUGUAAUGCAUGUGGUGGAAAUCAUUAAAGACACUGAGUAGACUCA